AUGGAGGAGGCGUGGCGCGGCGGCAGCCCAGCUAUCCGGCCUCACCUCCCGUCGGCGUCCCGCGCGGAGGGAGGAGGUGUGGCGCGACGGCGGCCCAGCUAUCCGGCCUCGCCUCCCAUCGGCGUCCCGUGCAGAGGGAGGGAAGUGCGCUUCUUCGGCGGCGACGACUCCAUCGGCCUCGUCGACAUCGCCGCCAGCAACGUGGCUCACUGGCUCGGGGUCAUGGAGGAGGUCGGCGGGGUGACGCCGCUGCUCACGGACGAGGAGUACCCCGCGCUGUGCCAGUGGGCGAAGCGCUACGCCGGCGACGAGACCGUGAAGCAGUGCCUGCCCAAGAGGGACGAGCUCUUUGCCAUGUACUCUGGGUUCAAGGAGAUGUUCCAGGCCAUGGCGACGUCGCAAAAUCAGUGACAUGUUUCAGUGCCAAAAAAAAGUGUGCUGCGGACGUGUUAGUAACGAUCAAGAUGUUCUUCGAUUGGAAUAAGAAGGCGAUUAUCAGUUAUCAUCAUAGUCGUUUUCUUUAGCACGACUCUUCUCCUGCUCAGAGCUUCGGCUGUGACUUUUCCGGUGGAAUGAUGUUUUAGCUACAACUUGUCUGGUUAGAAAAAUAUUUGGUAAA